ACCACAGAAGCUGAUAUCUGCACUUUGUCUGGGAGGGGCUACACGUUGUAAAAAAAAGUCUUAUCAUUACUUGUCAUAUUUAAUGGACAUUGGAGAUUAAUUCCUGUUAUUUUCUACUGCGCUAAUCAACCAGAGACCACCAUGGAAAAAGUUUCAACUCACGCAGUCUGCUCAACAGUUCGUUGCAACAUGACAGAGUUUUGGAAGGAGCACUCCAAAGCCGCCACCGUGGAGGAGAUGAUGCUGGAUUCUCGAGCCAAAGAGCUGACUGAGCAUGAGCUGCCCGAGAUCCUGUCCAUGCUGCCUGCCCUGGAGGGACGCAGAGUGCUGGAGCUGGGAGCUGGGAUUGGCCGCUUCACCAGCCACCUGCUGACCAAGGCAGCCCAUGUGACCGCAGUGGACUUCAUGCAAAGCUUUGUGGACAAGAACAGGCAGAACAAUGGUCACCAUAGCAACGUCAGCUUCGUCCAAGCUGACGUCACAAAGCUGGACAUCCCCCAGCACAGUAUCGACUUUAUCUUCUCCAAUUGGCUGUUGAUGUAUCUGAGUGACGAAGAGCUGAAGUCCUUCAUGAAGAAAAUGCUGAACUGGCUGCAGCCUGGUGGCUUUCUCUUCUUCAGAGAGUCCUGCAACUACCGCUCAGGGGACUGCAAGAGAGAUUUCGAUCCCACCUGCUACCGCAGUGAGGCACAGUACACGCACCUGGCCACCUCGGUCCAGGUGGAGGCAUCGGAGGGAGGCCAAAACUUUGGUUUCGAUAUUGUCUUUAAAAAGAGAGUUCAGACUUAUAUUGAGAUGAAAAACAAUCCGAACCAGAUGUGUUGGCUUCUGCAGAAGCUUCCUCGCUCCUCAAAUUCCCAGAGUGGUUUUAGCACAUUCCAGCAGUUCCUGGACAACCAGCAGUACACCAGACGAGGCAUCAUGCGCUAUGAAAAGAUGUUUGGGGCUGGUUAUGUCAGCACAGGUGGACCCAGCACAACCAAGGAGUUUGUGGACCUGCUGAACCUGAAGCGUGGACAGAAGGUUCUGGAUGUAGGCUGUGGAAUUGGAGGAGGAGAUUUCUACAUGGCAAAGAUGUUUGGGGUGGAAGUGCUUGGCUUGGAUUUGUCCGAUAACAUGGUUGACAUUGCCAUUGAAAGAGCGAGAGCAGAGAAGCUCCCAUCAGUGCAGUUUGAGGUGGCAGACGCUACUAAGAGGACAUUUCCAGAAGGUUCAUUUGACGUCAUCUACAGCAGAGACACAAUUUUGCACAUAGAUGACAAACUGGAUCUCUUCAAACGCUUCCAUUCCUGGUUAAAGCCGGGAGGUCAGCUGCUAAUCAGCGACUACUGCUGCGGGGAGAAGCCGUGGACUCCAGUAUUUGAGGCCUACGUCAAACAGAGAGGUUACAUCCUCUACACACCGUCAGAGUAUGGCAAGUUCAUUCAGGAAGCUGGUUUCUGCAAUGUUCGAGUAGAAGACCGAACAGCCCAGUUCAUCCAAGUGAUCCAGACUGAGCUGCAGAGAGCAGAAGACAUUAAAGAGGAAUUUAUCCAGGAAUUUUCCGAGGAGGACUAUUCUGCAAUAGUUAACGGAUGGCGGGAAAAGCUGGAUCGCUCUAAAAGUGGAGACCAGCGAUGGGGACUCUUUCAUGCAACAAGGAACUGAGUGACUUCUCAAAAACACAGCAGAAUUGGUGAAAGCUUGUCAGUCUUGUACUUCAACCUCCAAGGCCCCACCCUCUCACAUCAGCGCUAUUUCCAACACGUAUGUCCAAGCAGUAACCCACCAGUUGCUGCUCGUAACAGAAACAUCUUUCAUUGCAAGAAGCCGCUCAGCCAGUUUGACUUGAACAAACUAAAUUUGAAUGUUAGAAUGUCAAACAUUGCAGUGUUGUUGUUGAUUAUUGUACCAGGAAAUAAAUGACUCUGUUACAGAUAAUGAUCACUAUGAAGGAUUAUGUAAUGCACACUUAACAGACAAAAGAGUAAAUUACAGGGAAAGUCAUUACGCCUGGCUGAAAACCAUCAUUUAUUUUAUUUUAAUUUUAAAUUAUUUACGUCAUAAUGGACUCAAAAUACAACUGUCUAACCCGUCCAAAAGCAACCAGAAGGCAAAGGCCCAGACAGGACAUGAUUCCAGGGAAAUCCACAAGUACCUGUCUGGCUGAACAAGAGCAGUCUCAAAGCUUUCUUUGUUGCAGGGAGUCACCUAGAUCCAUGAAGCUGAUUAUUUGUGUGUGUGUGUGUGUGUGUGUGUGUGUGUUUUAGCUUGUGGAUCAAUUCACAAGGCUGAGUUAUUGAAACUAAGUUGAAUGUACAUUUUUUUAAAGUUUUAUCAAUGAAAUAUGUACCAAAAAACAUUAACAGCAUUACAUAAAACCUCAUUUCACAUAUAUACAUUUAUACAACAUAUAAAAACAGCUAAGAAAUUAUUAAAAGCAUAAAAUUCACAACCUAGAGAGAAACUACCAGGCAUAGCAUAUAGCUCUUGUUAACGUUCUUUAUUAAAAUAGUUGACCAUGCUGAAUCAUAACAAUCAUCCCUCAAAUGAAACCUCGUUUCUAUCCACACGUUGACAUGUCAUUGCUUCCAGUACCUGAAAAUAUUUCCAAUCCAUUGAUCUUUCUUCAGUGAACUACAAAAUCUAUUGUGUUGUAUGUUUCAUCUGGAUUUUAUAUGAAAGUAGUUUUAAUAACAAGCAGUUGAGCAGUUUCACAAAUGACAUUUCUGAGAAGAUGUGGUGUGCAUUUGCACUUCUGGGUUAACUAGAGGAACAUCACGACCAAAAGGAGGUACGCAAUAGAGAGAGACAAAGAGACAGCUUAGAUUGAAUAGAAUGAAAU